CGGGUGUCUGCGUCUAUCCGAACUGACAGACUGAACGCGAUAUUGAUGAGUCUGUGAAAGCAUGAAGUUGUGAAGCAGGUAGUGACCCAUUUAUUAUGGUAAACACUGCUUGUAAUGCACAACCGCCUCAUGUCAGAAUGGGGGCCCUGGCAUGGAAGUGGUGCAUUGGAUGUGGAUGCAAGAUUUCAGACCGCUUCCUCCUGUUUGCUUUGGAUGGGUUCUGGCACUGCCACUGUCUCAAGUGCUCCUGUUGUCAAGCCCAGCUGGCAGAAAUUGGCUCAUCGUGUUUCACAAAGCGUGGCUUGAUCCUAUGCAAAAGUGACUAUAUAAGAUUAUUCGGUCACAGCGGAGCCUGCAGGGCAUGCAGUAAGUCCAUCCCAGCAAAUGAAAUGGUUAUGCGAGCACAGGGCAAUGUUUUCCAUGUCAAGUGUUUUGUUUGCUCCAUCUGCCAUAACCAGCUAGUACCUGGUGACCGUUUUCACUGCACAAAUGGAAAACUGUACUGCGAGCGGGACAGACCAACAGCUUCUGCAUACAGAAACGACCACUUGAAUUCACUCAGGGAGCACAACAUAUCCGAACAGAAGUCCUGAGCUCAUCAUUUUUUUUGCCGAGCUCUGAGAAAGAGAC